AAAUAAAGCGAAAGAGCAUUGCACUUUUCCUGCCUCUUGAGGAAUCCCAAGAUCGGAUCCAGCAAGAAGGACUCCACAUCCCCAUCCGAUCAAGUUCGAUGAGGAUUUAGAGCCCCUGAAGGAGGAUGAAGAGAAAGAGGGACUCAACAGGUGCAGCAACGACGUCCGCUUGUGUCGGCGGGGGCGAUUCGUUGUCAGGGAUCGAAUUGGAGGUGUUCUUGAAUUUUAGAGGCUCCGACACCCGUCUCAACUUUACCGAUUGUCUCUAUCACUUCCUAGUUGGAGCUGGGAUUCGCGUUUUUAGAGACGAAGAAGAGAUCCCAAAGGGUGAAAAGAUCGGAGGUGAGCUUCUCCUUGCCAUCCAAUCCUCCAAAAUAUACGUGCCAAUCUUGUCUAGGAACUACGCAUCCAGCGUGUGGUGUCUUCGCGAGCUCACGCACAUGGUAGAGUGCUCGAGCAAAGCGAAUGACAAAGCGAUCCUACCCAUUUUCUAUGAUGUGGAUCCUGAUGACGUGAAGCUAAAAACUCGAUUGUACCUUGACGCUCUGGAGAAGCACGAGGAGAAGUUUGGCCGGGAUGAAGUUCGGCAAUGGAAGGAGGCUCUAACCGAGGUCGCAAGAAUCAAGGGAUGGGGCUUGAAGGACAAAGGCCAUGGUGAAAUCAUCAACACUAUUGUUGAUGAGGUUUUGACCAAGCUGAAGAAAAGGAGGAGAAAUCUGCCUAGUCAUUUAGUUGGGAUUGCUGGUCAUGUGGAAGCCAUCAUGAACUUUUUAAAUGAAGGAUCUAGUGAGAUUACUUAUAUGGUCAUCCAUGGAUUGGGCGGUAUCGGACUUAAUGGUGUACCCGCUUUGGCAUCGCCAGUACAGUUGCAAAAUACCCGCUUUGGAAAUGCCAUCGAUGUUGGUUUCGUUGCACAUCGGCCCCAACCUGCAGACCCCUCGGGUGUUCUCAUUUCUCCGGGAGAUAGUGGUAUCACUACUAUCAGAUUGCCAAAACCGUCCCAUGAAAUCAAUCUACCAAAUGCCAUGCAUAGCCAAACGAUCGAUUUUUUAAGCCGAAUGGACUAUACAGUACAUGAGAAUGUUCUCCCCUCAGAACCACCCUGUGCCUCAAUAUCAAGCAUCGAAUUCCAAUCUAGUGGCACACUUCCUCUUCUUGAAGGCAAUCACGCGAUGGAAGAUAUCCUAUCAAUUGAUUUAGCGGAUCUUUUGGAAUUUCCGGGGGUUAAUAUGUUCAGUGAGAGCCCGCCACAUUACGACACACUCGACCCAAUUUUGUUAGCGGAUCUUUUCAGUGAUUUUUAG